GUGCUCGCUUCCCGAGGGGCCGGAGGCAGCCAGGCCUCAGUAAUCCCCGCCCGCUGCGCGCCGCGCUGGUCUGACUUGAGUCUCCUUAAUCGAGGCCGUUAUUCCCCACUGGGCCAUCUACAGCCAGGGCUCAGUUUACUGCUUGCCCUCCCACGUGGGUUCCUGGCGGACCCUGGAGACGGUGACGGUCUUGGCUGCCUUGACCUCACUAAAGCCUGGUGUUUGGGGCCAGCCGCUCCAGACCUGCUGACCACAGUGGCCCAAACUCGAGGCCAGCUCCGAGACAUGAGAUGCCAGGCUGCCCAGAGAGGCCCCGUGACAGAAGACGGAGCCCCAGGGAAGCACCUGCUGACCGCAGGCACCCAAGGCAGACAAUCCCAUCCAGGCUGGUCCCUGUUGGCUUUGGAGCUGAGGCACGGACACUCUUCAUUCUUUCUGGACCCCUGUUCCUCUUCCAGAUGCUGAACUUCAUGGUCUAUGUCGUGAGCACGGUGUUCUGCGGACACCUGGGCACAGUGGAGCUGGCAGCAGUCACCCUCUCAGUGGCCUUUGUCAAUGUCUGUGGAGUUUCCAUCGGGUUUGGCUUGUCUUCGGCCUGUGACACCUUGAUGUCCCAGCCGGCGAGAGGAGGGCAGGCGCGGGGCGGGCGUAACCCCUGUGUUCUAGAGCUUCGGCAGCCCCAACAAGAAGCACGUGGGCGUCAUCCUGCAGCGGGGCGUGCUGGUGCUGCUGCUUUGCUGUCUGCCCUGCUGGGCGCUCUUCCUCAACACCCAGCUCAUCCUGCUGUUAUGCAGGCAGGACCCGGCCGUGUCCAGGCAAAUUUUCUCUACAGCCUGCAGGCCAAGUACUUGCAGAAUCAGGGCAUCGUUUGGCCACAAGUCUUCAGUGGCAUCGUGGGCAACUGCGUCAACGGCCUGGCCAACUAUGUCCUGGUUUCUGUGCUGGGCCAGGGGGUCAGGGGCUCCGCAUUCGCCAACACCGUCUCCCAGUUCACGCAGGCUGUCUUCCUCCUGUUCUACAUCGUACUGAAGAAGCUGCAUCUGGAGACAUGGGCAGGCUGGUCCUGGGAGUGCCUGCAGGACUGGGGCCCCUUCUUCCGCUUGGCCGUCCCCAGCAUGCUGAUGCUGUGCAUCGAGUGGUGGGCCUACGAGAUCGGGAGCUUCCUCGUGGGCCUGCUCAGCGUGCGCGACCUAUCUGCCCAAGCGGUCAUCUACGAGGUGGCCACCGUCGUCUACAUGAUCCCCAUGGGGCUCAGCAUCGCGGUCUGUGUCCGAGUGGGGACAGCCCUGGGAGCCGCAGACACCGUGCAAGCCAAGCGAUCAGCCAUCUCAGGCACCCUCUGCACAGUGGGAACCUCGCUGGUUGUGGGCGUCCUAUUGAGCCUCCUGAGAAACAAGCUGGGCCACAUCUUCACCAACGACGAGGAAGUCGUUGACCUGGUCAACAAGGUCCUGCCGCUGUACAUCUUCUUCCAGCUGUUUGAUGCCCUCUGUUGUCUCUACGCUGGGGUCCUGCGUGGGACCGGCAGGCAGGCCUUCGGGGCUGUGGUGAAUGCCGUCAUGUACUACGCCAUCGGCCUCCCGCUGGGUGUCGUGCUGACCUUCCUGGUCGGGAUGGGGAUCAUGGGCCUCUGGCUGGGCAUGCUGGUCUGUGUCAUGCUGGCCACCGCUGCCUUCGUCACUUACACGGUCCGGAUGGACUGGAAGCGGGCUGCGGAGGAGGCGCAGAAACACGCGGGACUGCCGCCACUGGGGAGCAGUGGGAGCAUGGCUCUCGGACCCAGGCCCGGGCCUGAGAAAGCAGUUGUGUCUUCAGUGGCCACAGGCAGCUCCCCUGGCGUGAUCCUGACGACCUACUCAAGACUCGGGGGCCACCUGGACCUCCUCAGGACUCCGGAAGCAAUCCAAACCCUACCCGCCCCCGCCAACCGACUGUCAGCCAAGCAGCUGGCUGUCCGCCGGGGGGCUGCUCUGGGGGUAGCAGUGGGCUCGUUGAUAGUGGGGCUCGUCCUGAGGGUCCUCACUGCCAGGCCCUAGCGAGACAGCUUGAGACAAAAAGGAAGCUGAGAGCGGCUGCCGACCCCAAAUUCAGUGCAGGGGGAUGCCCCGAACCACUCCUCAAGAACAUUCACGGGACUUCCCUGGUGAUCCAGUGGUUGAGAAUCUGCCCAUCCACUGAGCGGGUUUCCCCCUCCUCCCCC